AUGCCGUCUUUGCGCAAAGCCAGCCAAUUUCGCGUCUUGUCCGCACUGGUUGUGGGUUCGAUUGUCUGUUGCGCCAAAAGCGUCAACGAACCUGGCAACAUGUCAUUCGUGAAGGAGACGGUGGACAACCUGCUCAAAGGGUACGACAUCCGACUGAGGCCGGACUUUGGAGGUGCUCCCGUCGCCGUCGGGAUGAGCAUCGACGUGGCGAGCAUAGACAUGGUGUCAGAAGUCAACAUGGACUACACAUUGACCAUGUAUUUCCAACAGUACUGGAGAGACAAGCGCCUAGCCUACGUAGGAAUCCCUCUUAACUUGACCCUGGACAACAGAGUUGCCGACCAGCUCUGGGUCCCUGACACGUACUUCCUCAAUGACAAGAAGUCUUUCGUACAUGGAGUCACCGUCAAAAACCGAAUGAUCCGACUGCAUCCGGAUGGAACCGUUCUCUACGGUCUCAGGAUCACAACCACGGCAGCGUGCAUGAUGGAUCUGAGGAGGUAUCCUCUGGAUGAACAGAACUGUACUCUGGAGAUAGAGAGCUAUGGCUACACCACAGAUGACAUCGAGUUCUACUGGAAAGGAGGAGAGUCGGCCGUAACCGGGGUGACGCGCAUCGAGUUGCCUCAGUUCUCCAUUGUCGAUUACAAGCUGGUGUCUAAAAAUGUAGUGUUUUCCACAGGUGCCUAUCCGCGACUGUCGUUGAGUUUCAAGCUGAAGAGGAACAUUGGCUACUUCAUCCUUCAGACAUACAUGCCAUCGAUCCUGAUUACCAUCCUCUCCUGGGUCUCCUUCUGGAUAAACUACGAUGCGUCUGCUGCCAGAGUGGCUUUAGGGAUCACCACUGUGCUGACUAUGACCACCAUUAACACCCACUUGAGAGAGACUCUUCCCAAAAUCCCUUACGUCAAGGCCAUCGACAUGUACCUGAUGGGCUGCUUUGUAAUGGUCUUUCUGGCCCUGCUGGAGUAUGCCUUUGUCAACUAUAUCUUCUUUGGAAGGGGCCCUCAGAUGCAAAAGAAGCUGGCAGAGAAAGCGGAGAAGGCCAACAAUGAGAAAGCCAAAUAUGACGCCGCAAGGGAGGCAGGUAGUAGGACUGCAUCCCUAAAAUGGUCCAAUCAGUUUAAAGGUCUUCGCCACUCACGCUCGGCGGAACCUCACGGCCACGGGAACAUUUUGCUAACCACCCUGGAGAUCCAUAACGAAGUGGCGGGAAGCGAGAUCACCACUAGCGUGGCGGACAUUAGGAACUCUCAGUCCAUGGUGCAGUUGGACAGCACGGCCUCGUCACACAUCCAGUACCGGAAGCAAAGCGGCGGCAUUGGCCCACGCUCUGCCAGCCGCCACUCCCUGGACCGGGCUGCUCAGAUGAAACAAAGCCGUCUGCGGAGGCGGUCCUCACAGCUUAAAAUUAAAAUACCAGACCUGACGGAUGUGAACGCCAUCGACCGCUGGUCGCGGAUCAUCUUCCCUUCUGUCUUCUCACUAUUCAACCUUGUCUAUUGGCUCUAUUACGUCUGAUUGAACAGUGUCAUUGAGAUGUUUGUUCUUUGAUUUGUUGUGUUUUCAUUAUUUUUCCUCGACUUUUUUGCUUUUUUACAUGGUGUAAUUUGUUGAGGUAAAGACUGCAACAAUACAAGACAAAACAGACUGAAAAAAGACUGCUGAGUUUUGGACCAAGUUCACCUCAGAAAUGUUUUUAUAGGCUAUUUGCAGUCUUUGGAUCCUUAGUACCAAUAUAUUUUUGUUUAUUUGCUUGGCUUUUAAAAUGAGGUACUGUAACUGGGAUUGUGUGACAGUCAUUUCCCAACAUUUCCCCUUGUGGUAAUUUGUAAAUAGAGACAGACAUAAAGCCAGCAGUUGACUAAAUAGUACAGUAUUUGCAAAAAAAUAAAAAUUAAUAAAUAAACUCAAGGCAGACUUUUUUAAAAUCAAAAAACAAAAAAUUUUAAACUUUAUACAACAAAUCCAAGGAGUUCCAGAAUGAUUUAAAUACACUGGUGUAUGUUUGGUACCAUAUGCAAUAUUAAUGCAGUAUUAUUGCAUGUAAUGAACAUAUAUUUAAAGUUGAAAACUCAGGUUAUGAAUUCUGAUAUUUGGCAUCUUUUUUUGAAUGAGAAACAUCUUUCUAAAAUUCCAGCGAGGAGAAAAAAAAGCACAAAAUUUAAGUAAAAACUGCCAUUUUUCAACUCAGUUUUACCUUCUAGAAACAGUGCUUGAAAGUGAUAACAUGACAGAAUUGCACUUAAAUUGAUUAAACUCCUCUAAAA